CAGCAUUCCACUUGCCGCCCAGUCUUCGCUUAGCAUUUCUAAAGUAUCAAGAAAGAUGAGCUACGGAGGCAACGUUGAAGGUUAUCUGCUCAAGAUUGAGGGUGACGAAGCCCGUAUCGUGUACUGUAUCCUCGAUGAAGGCAUGCUGCAGUACUUCUCGCGCAUGGGUGGCGAGCUGUUGGGAGCUAUUGGGUUGUCAGGGUCCAAGGUUGACGUGUUCCUACUUCCUUCCUCCGACGAAGUGGGCCAAGUGUCCAACCAAUUUCGAGUAGACGCUCAACCUCGCACUCCGUCCGUUCGCCGACGUGGUGCCCGGCAGCCCGUUGAUGGGGAUAAUGUGGUGUCGAUGACUUUUGCCGGAUCAACGCGAGAGGUCUCAGACCAGUGGGCAGUCUCGAUCCUCAACUGGAAUCGCUACAGUUGGGAAGACGGCCAAAUGGUAUGCAGCUCCAAGAACGAGUAUCAUAACCUCCGGGAUAUUAUCAAGCUGAACGACUUGAAAGUUGACAAGACGACUGAAGACCCAGUUGUGCCGGUUGGAGUUAGCCCAGCAGUCCUUCCACUCUGAGGAUAUGCCAGGCCAGCAUGACUACAGCAUAAGUAGAGUGUCUAGUGUGUUUGUUCAAUAAUAGACUGGUAUUGUGUUCCAUGUUGCGCACU